UGAGAAUAAUGUCAGUUGUGUUUAAAUUUGGAAACCAGUAAUUAGUCUUCAUUAAAUUCAUUGUAAUGAGCUUAUACUUUACUUUUUUUGGAAUAUCGAUCCUAUUCUUGGCGCACUUGUUUCAAAUUCGUGGCAUACACAGCACUGGCAAUUGCAGCUUCGCCUACAACGUCACUUUUAUGUUCGUGUGCAAGAGCAAUGUCCCGAAGGAUAUGUAUACAAUGUUUCGGGACAACCGAGCUCCUCCCGACACACCCUACAGCGUUUGGCAGACCAAAGAGGACGGCUCCGCUCUCCUUGUGUCGUUUUACACCACUAUGUUUCCAAACUACGAUGCCAUUAAUCUGCAGGAAGGCGCGAUGGAUCUUGGCCAAUUCUUUCUAGCCACCACAGAAAAGAAUACCAACGCUCUUCUAUUUGUGACACCGUCUACCCUUCACUGCUUUCCCUUCGGUCUGCGCUACACGAAUGAGCUGCGGAGGCACUGUCUGGGCCAAGACAUAAAAGCGGAAGGAGACCUUACCAAGAAGCCCAUUCUUCACUACGGCUCGCUUAGAGUAAAAAGUCCCGAUUUGACAAAGAAUGAUGCAAGUACACCAAGUCUGCUGGGAAAACUGCUCCUUUCCGUGUGUGCGGUAAUCUUUUACUAACAUAAAGUUUUGCACCCAAAAUGAAAAGAACUCAUA